GUAAAAAAAAAAUAAAAAAUUUUAUUACAACCCUAGCUUGAGUAUAAAAAAAAAAAAAAAAAAAACCCUAGAGAGCAAAGCAAAGCAACCUUGGUUUGUUUGUGCUAUAUUCUUCUUGGCUAUUCGGCACUGUGUUUGUUCUUUUUCAUUAAAAUUAACUCUUCACAUUACACAAAUUCACAAUUUCUCUUCCUUCACCGCCGCUAUAACAAUCUCUUUCCGUCCUCUUUCCAUCCAUCCAAUUUCCAUCGAUCGAAAUUCCUCUUUCUCUUUCGUCUCAUCGAACACACGAAUCUCGCUUUUUUAUUAACCUUUUUCUGUAAAAUCCGUGCGAAUCGAUCCAAUUAUUCGUGCGAAUCGAAAACCCUAAUUUGACAAAUGGGAAAGAAGAAGCCAACAAUACGCGACGACGAGAAUCCUCCGCAACAAGGUGGCGGUGGGAAAUCUAAGAAGAAGGCUCCGAUUAUCGAUGACGAUGAAUAUUCUAUCGGAACUGAGCUUUCGGAGGAAACGGCGGCUCCGGUGGUAGUGGAUGAGAAACCGGGGAAAAAGAAAGGUAAGAAAGGUAACGCUAAAUCUUCUGCUAAAGAUAAUGGUGAUGAUUUUGAUGUUGUUGAUGAUGAUGUGCCUGAAAUUGUUUUUGCUGGGAAGAAAAAGGGGAAAUCGAAGAAAAGUGGUGGGGGGAGUGUGUUUAGUGCUGCUGCUGGGUUUGGUUUGCUUGGGGAUGAGGAGGAUGGUGAUGAUAAGGAUAAGGAUGAUGAUGAUGAUGAGGAGAAAUCGGAGUUAAGAGGUGAAGGAGAUGGUGAUGAGGAUGAUGAACCGAUUGUUUUUACUGGGAAGAAGAAGAAGUCCUCGAAGGGUUCGAAGAAAGGAGGAGGUAGUUUGUUUAGUGCAUUAGAUGAGAUUGAUGAUGGGGAUGAGGAGAGUAAGGAUGAAAAGGCGGAGGAUGAUGAUGAUGAUGAAGAUAUAGGAUCGAUCACUUUCUCGGGGAAGAAGAAGAAAUCAUCUAAGUCUAAGAAGGCGGCUAGUUUACUGAGUACAGCUAUUCCGGAUGAGGAUAGUGUUUCUGUAUCAGAGUCUGCUAAAGGUGGCGAUGAAAAUGACGAGGAUGAUAUUUCUUUGGCGUUUACUGGUAAAAAGAAGUCUUCUAAAAAGAAGAGUGGUGGUGCUGCUGCCAAAGUGAGUGAUGAAAGUGUUGAUGCUGUUGAGGCUGAGAAGCCUAGUGUUGGAGAAGUGAGUAAUGCUAAUGUUGACAAUGGUAAUAUAAGUAAGAGUGAAGAGGUCGUUGGAAAUUCUAAAAAUAAGAAGAAGAAUAAGAAGAAGAGUGGGAGGACAAAAGAAGAGGAGGACGAUUUAGAUAAGAUUCUUGCAGAGCUUGGUGAAGCCCCUCCUACGGCAAAACCUGCUGCUCCUCCGCAGCAGGAUGAUAAAGUUCAGCCUGCUCCUGAAGUUGGUUCUGCAGCUGGUGCUUCAGUGGAAAAGGAGGGAGAAGAGGAUACUGUAGAAUCAGCUGCUGCAAAAAAGAAGAAAAAGAAGAAGGAAAAGGAAAAGGAGAAGAAGGCAGCGGCAGCAGCAGCAGCAGCCGGAAGUGCACCGGUUACUGAAACUGUAGAAGAGAAAGCUGAGUUAAGUGAACCAAAGAAAAAUGAUUCAAAGACCAACAAGAAAGUGCCAAAGCAUGUUAGGGAGAUGCAAGAACAAAUCGCUCGAAGACAAGAGGCUGAAGAGAGAAAGAGAAAAGAGGAGGAAGAGAAGCUAAGGAAAGAAGAAGAGGAGCGAAAAAAGCAAGAGGAACUUGAGAGACAGGCAGAAGAGGCUAAACGUAUAAAGAAGGAAAAAGAAAAGGAAAGACUAGCGAGAAAGAAGCUAGAAGGUAAAUUGUUUACUGCUAAGCAGAAAGAAGAGAACCGACGUAGAGAGAUAAUGUUGAGGCAGAUUAUCAAUAGCACCGGGGGUUUGACUCUUCCUUCUGGGGACACUGGUGCACCAGCCAAAAAACCCGUUUAUCAGACAAAGAAGGGGAAAUCAACUAAUCGAAAUCAUAAUGGUGCCGGUGCUGUCAAGACAGAUGAAAGUGUUGAAAAAAAGGAACCUACUGCUGAUUUAGAUUUGAAGGAACCGGAAAAGGUUGAAGAAGUGGAGUCGGUGAGAAUGGAGGACAAAGUUGAACUUCCUGAAGCUGUAGAAGAGGAUGCAGUGGAAGAUGAUGAUGAUGAGGUUGACUGGGAUGCAAAAGACUUUGAUGAUGUCAAUCUGAAUGGUAAGAAUGCAUUUGCUGAUGAAGAAGUUGACUCCGAGCCUGAACAGAUUGGCAAAAAAGAGAUUAAAAAUGUACCUGCUAAAAAUGCUGGUGCUAAAAAUAAAACUGUUUCGAAGCCUGUGGCUGAAGAAAUUGAAGACAGAAAGCAGGCCAAAGUUGUGGUUGAGGACAAAAAGAAAAAACACGAUCCACAACAGUCUGCUGUGCCUCCCAAGCCGAGUGAGGGGAACCUCCGGUCGCCAAUUUGCUGCAUCAUGGGUCACGUGGACACUGGAAAAACCAAGCUUCUGGACUGUAUUCGAGGUACCAAUGUUCAAGAAGGCGAGGCCGGUGGUAUCACCCAACAGAUUGGCGCAACAUACUUUCCUGCUGAGAACAUUCGUGAAAGAACUAAGGAACUGAAAGCUGAUGCAACACUGAAAGUUCCUGGUCUACUGGUUAUUGAUACUCCUGGCCAUGAAUCGUUCAAUAACUUAAGGUCUCGAGGUUCAGGUCUAUGUGAUAUUGCAAUUUUGGUUGUUGACAUUAUGCAUGGCUUAGAACCACAAACCAUAGAAUCACUCAAUCUAUUAAAAAUGAGGAACACCGAAUUCAUUAUUGCAUUAAAUAAGGUUGAUAGGCUUUAUGGCUGGAAAGUAUGUCGCAAUGCUCCAAUUCGUAAAGCAAUGUUGCAGCAGUCCAAGGAUGUUCAAAAUGAGUUUAAUAUGCGGCUCACUCAGAUUGUUACUCAGUUCAAGGAACAAGGGCUAAAUACUGAAUUGUAUUAUAAAAACAAAGAAAUGGGAGAAACAUUCAGCAUUGUUCCUACAAGUGCAUUAAGUGGUGAAGGAAUCCCAGAUAUGUUAUUACUAUUGGUUCAGUGGACCCAAAAAACUAUGACCGAAAAACUUACGUACAGUGAAGAAGUACAGUGUACUGUUUUGGAAGUCAAGGUUAUUGAAGGCCAUGGAACUACUAUAGAUGUUGUUUUAGUUAACGGCAUUCUUCAUGAAGGAGAUCAAAUAGUUGUAGCUGGAAUGCAGGGUCCAAUUGUUACCACAAUUCGAGCUUUAUUGACACCUCAUCCAAUGAAGGAACUUCGUGUUAAGGGAUCAUAUAUCCACCACAAAGAAAUCAAGGCUGCGAUGGGUAUCAAAAUCACUGCCCAGGGACUUGAACAUGCUAUUGCUGGCGCAAGUUUAUAUGUGGUGAAGCCUGAUGAUGAUUUGGAAUAUAUUAAAAAGUCGGCCUUGGAAGACGUGGAGUCAGUCUUGAGCAGAAUUGACAGGAGCGGUGAGGGCGUUUGUGUCCAGGCAUCUACCCUUGGCUCAUUGGAAGCAUUACUGGAGUUUUUAAAAACUCCAGAAGUGAACAUUCCUGUUAGUGCUAUAAACAUAGGCCCUGUACAUAAGAAGGAUGUGAUGAAGGCCAGUGUAAUGCUUGAAAAGAAACGAGAGUAUUCUACUAUAUUGGCAUUUGAUGUCAAAGUCACUCCUGAAGCUAGGGAACUUGCAGAUGAAUUGGGUGUGAAAAUUUUUAUUGCGGAUAUCAUUUAUCAUUUAUUUGAUCAAUUUAAGGCUUACAUGGACAACAUUAAGGAGGAGAAAAAGAAAGAAUCUGCUGAUGAGGCAGUCUUCCCAUGCGUUCUGAAGAUCUUACCAAAUUGCGUCUUCAACAAGAAGGAUCCGAUUGUUUUGGGAGUUGACAUCCUUGAAGGCAUUUUAAAGAUUGGAACUCCAAUUUGUAUUCCUUCCCAAGAGUUCAUUGAUAUUGGUCGCAUUGCCUCCAUUGAGAAUAACCAUAAACCGGUCGAUUAUGCAAAGAAAGGGCAGAAAGUAGCCAUUAAGAUUGUUGGCAGCAAUUCUGAGGAACAGCAGAAAAUGUUUGGGAGGCAUUUUGAGAUUGAUGAUGAGCUUGUAAGCCAUAUUUCGAGAAGAUCUAUUGAUAUUCUCAAAACUAAUUAUCGGGAUGACCUGUCUAUGGAUGAAUGGAAGCUGGUGGUGAAAUUGAAGAGUCUUUUCAAGAUACAAUGAGACUUGAGCUGUAUUUUUUCAAGAGAGUAUUCAUUUAUGAAAAACAAGGUUUUAGUGAAAUGUUUGGUAUGAUGCCUAACUUCGAAGGAUUUUUGUGAGGAUGAUAUUGGGUUCACCUUGGAGACUGAAAAUUCAUCACAAUGAUGCAUAUAGAAGGCAUUUUAUGGUGGCAGCGUGACUUGUAAAAGAAACUUCUAUGCUUUUGCAGCUAGGAAUCUGGCCAAAAGGGUAACUAUCAAAAGGACAAAAGGUCCAAAUUUUGUGAUUUACUAUACACAUCUGUGGUAUACAUGGGAGCAAAUAAGAGUUUAAUUUGCAAUUGUUCUUUUUGAGGGAAAGCAAAUAUUCACGGGAGUACUUACCAUGUGACAUAAAAUUGUUCACUUUAUUGUGUACAAAUUUUCCUUUUGUAACCAAGCCAUGGUAUUUGACGUCGAGUUAUAUGCAUAUUUUGGUGUUCCUUGCCAAGCAUUUUGGUUGUGGAAACCGGCAUGGAUAUGUAUACUUGUUUGGAUAUACAUGUGAUUUAUUUGUUUUGGCAUAUUUUCCACACGGAGAUUCAUAUUACUACCUUGUUUGUGUAGUGCACUAAUA